GAAAGGAUUUUAAAAAUUUUUGACGAAAGUGCGGUGACGCGAAAAGUGGCCCCGUGAUAGCCCGCGACAAGAGGUAAAACUACAAUAACCAAGAUGAACCGGUUGAAACCACAACAAACGUGCAAAUGCCAACUAACAUUUUGCCUGAAAAUAGUCGGCAUUUCAACCCUUCCUAAGGUAUGAGCUAAGGUGCUGUGUCCUGUAAGGCAGCAAUGGCGCCGGGGGAUGUGGUGCCAGAGCAUGCCAAGCAGCUCAAGUCCAAGGAGAAGCGCCUCGCUGCCGCCGCCCCCGCCAAACCGUCCAAAGUUGACUGCGAGUCAGACGGCUCCUUUGUGUUCGAGGCCCACGAGGCCUGGAAGGACUUCCACAACUCACUGAGGCAUUUCUACGAAGUGGGAGAGCUCUGCGAUGUCACACUCAAGGUUGGCAGCAGGCUGAUACCAUGUCAUAAGCUUGUCUUGGCCUGUGUUAUCCCCUACUUCAGGGCCAUGUUUCUGUCUGAAAUGACAGAGGCCAAGCAGAAAUUGAUCGAGAUCAAGGACUUUGAUGGAGAUGCCAUCCAGGAUCUGGUCCACUUUGCUUACUCCUCCAAGCUCACGCUCACCGUAGACAAUGUCCAGCCUCUGCUUUAUGCUGCCUGCAUCCUUCAGGUGGAGCUGGUGGCGCGGGCGUGUUGUGAGUACAUGAAGGCCCACUUCCACCCCACCAAUUGCCUGGCGGUGCGCACCUUCGCCGAGAGCCACAACCGCGUGGACCUGAUGGACAUGGCCGACCGCUACGCCUGCGAGCACUUCAGCGAGGUGGUGGAGUGCGAGGACUUCACGUGCGUGUCGCCGCAGCACCUGCGCACGCUGCUGGCCUCCAGCGACCUCAACAUCCAGUCGGAGACGCAGGUAUACAAGGCGGCCGUCAAGUGGCUCAAAGCCAACCCGCAGCACCACCACGCCUGGCUGGACCACAUCUUCUCUCAGGUACGCCUGCCACUGCUCCCCGUGGACUUCCUGACCGGCACGGUGGCCAAGGAUGAGAUGAUCAAAGGCAACCUGAGUUGCCGCGACCUGAUGGACGAGGCCCGGAACUACCACCUCCACCUCAGCAACAAGGCAGUGCCCGAAUUCGAGUACUCGGUCCGCACUGUGCCCCGAAAACACACCGCAGGAGUUCUGUUCUGCGUGGGUGGGCGUGGGGGCUCUGGUGACCCGUUUCGCAGCAUCGAGUGCUACUCCAUCAGUAAGAACAGCUGGUUCCUGGGCCCCGAGAUGAACAGCAGACGGCGGCACGUCGGCGUCAUUUCUGUAGGAGGGAAGGUUUACGCUGUGGGUGGGCACGACGGUAACGAGCACCUGGGAAACAUGGAGGUGUUUGACCCCCUCACCAACAAGUGGAUGAUGAAAGCCUCCAUGAACACCAAGAGGAGGGGCAUCGCCUUGGCCGCGCUGGCCGGUCCAAUCUACGCCAUCGGCGGUCUGGACGACAACUCGUGUUUCAACGACGUGGAGCGCUACGACAUCGAGCGAGACUGUUGGAGUGCCGUGGCCCGCAUGAACACGCCCAGAGGAGGCGUGGGCUCCGUGGCAUUGGGGAGUUUCGUUUACGCGGUGGGCGGUAACGACGGCUUGGCGUCGCUGUCGAGCGUGGAGCGCUUCGACCCGCACCUCAACAAGUGGACCGAGGUGAACGAGAUGGGCCAGCGGCGCGCCGGGAACGGGGUCAGCAAGCUGAACGGCUGCCUCUACGUCGUCGGUGGUUUCGACGACAACUCGCCACUGAGCUCUGUGGAGCGUUUCGACCCGCGAACGAACCGCUGGGAGUACGUGUCGGAGCUGACCACCCCGCGCGGUGGCGUGGGUGUCGCCACAGUGAUGAGCCGCGUGUUCGCUGUGGGCGGGCACAACGGCAACAUCUACCUGAACACGGUGGAGGCCUUUGAGCCGCGCAUGAACAGGUGGGAGCUGGUCGGCUCCGUGUCGCACUGCCGAGCCGGAGCGGGCGUAGCCGUGUGCUCGUCUCAUGUAAGCCAGAUCAGAGAUGUCGGCCAGGGAUCCAGCAACGUUGUCAACUGCAUGUGACGGCGGAACAGAAAUGCACAAAUUAUCAUCUUCUGGUGCUCUUUACGCAUCACUCUUUCAUAGCCUUCCUUUUGUUCAUGUUACAACAACCGCCAUAUACGUCAGAAGAGCAUUUGAUCCAGCCUGCCGUGCAAUUGACCUUUUACUAAGUAACUGGGCCUCACACUGAUAGCCCAGUGUUGGAAUUUGGAGGAACGAGCUAACAACAGCAUUCAAACAACAGCGUAACUUUUUCUAAAAUCCGUAUUCAUGUGGCUUAGUUUUUCAGCGCAGGAUAAACAUAAACAAAUUUCAGCAUAGCCAGUGUUCUUAAUUGUAACUAGGUUUUACGUUGGUCGCAUUGGGUUAGCAUUUUGGUUGCUGAGCUAAUACAUUCAGCUAUAACACUGGACUGCAGCAUAGCGUUUUAUAUUAUGGAUUUAUCUGGCUUAGUGUUGAGAAUAUAAUUUUUUUAAUGCUUCCCCAGUACUAUGGAAAGUAAGUAGGCCUUGUGUUGGUAGCAUAACUUAAGCAUUUUGGGCAACCACAUAGCUUUAUCCAUUGUCUCGUUAAUUUGGGAAUUGGUCUUAAUUUUGGAAACAGAAUAAAAGAAACAUUUCAACCAAUGUUAGUUUAACCAGCGAUAUGGAUAACUAUACUAUUACUACGCCUCAGGUUGGUCGCAUAGCUUUAGCAUUUUGGAUGACGAGUUAACAGCAGCAUAGCAUUAUUUUACAGACAUUGCAUUCAACUUUGUCCAUUUAGAACUACAUAGCUUUUUUCCAGAGUCUAGUUUUCCCUGGUUUAAUUUUGUGAAUGGAAUAAAAGCAACAUUUCUAGCAUUGCUAUCUUAGCCUGUGCUCCAGAUAAUAACUAGACCUCACAUUGUUCACAUAGCUUUAGAUAAAUACUUUAUUAAUCCUGUUGGGAAAAUUCAGCCAUCUCACGGCUCACGAGCAUUUUGGUUAACAAGCUAACAACAUAGGAUUAUUUUACAAUAGUCAGUAAGCCAGUGCAAUGUGUGUAGCUUUAUCAAGAGCCCAGAACUAUUGAACCGCUGUGAUUGGCCAGUCUCUGUUUACGGGGGUGUGGCUUAGUGAAAAGUAAAUUGUAAAAACAUGUAAAACCUCAGAGGAUGUUAUAAAAAGCCUAAAAAUAUUUCAGCCACAAAUACUCAGAAUAAUAUAUUUAAAAAAAAAAUUUUUUUUUUUAAUAUAAGGGAAACUAGCUAAAAAAAUGAAAAAGUAGUCCAGUAUCAUAAUCUCGCUUCUGACUAGGUUCACAUGCCUUGGGUGCCAGGGUCAGUGAAUGCUACAGAAUUUCAAUUGCACCAGUCAUAAUCAUGCUUGAACAAACAUGCCUGACAAAUCAGUCAUCUGUCGGGGAAAAAAAAUCCUGACACCUGUUUUUUUUUUUUUAUUGAAGCAAACUUAUUUGCCAUGUUAUGCAGAGAAACAUUCAAAUGUGUCAGGGAAUGCUUUGUGUGUUGUUUUUUGGUACGAUAGCUGGACUGUCAGAAAAGCUAAAUUACACACAAUGUUCCUUGAAGGCGGUCCCUAUGUAUACAAAUAUAUUUUAAUAUAUUAUGGAUGCUUUUCUAAUAUACAAAUAUAGCUGUAUUAGUCUUCUAAUCCUUUGUUGUGCUAGAAUUUUCCAAGAUGAAUAGAAUAGUUGUAUAUUUCACACUUUGUCACAAGCAGCAUUUCUGGAUACAAAUGUUUCGUUCUAUUUAGCAAAAUUGCACAAUCUACAAGGCACUGAUACAAACGGCCUGAAUAUGGUAGUAGUUGUUUUGUUAGUUCUUUUGCAAUGUGCUUUUGUUGUAAUUGGUUCAAUAAAUUUCAGGAAAUU